CACCCAGAUAUUUUGUGAUAACGAUGUUCAUGUUCAUUCAUGACUGAUCGUCCUCUCCGGUGUCCAAGCUCCUCUUCCGACGCUGGUGAAGGACGAUCAUGGUAUCAGCCACAGCCAUGACGUGUGAUCGUCACCCAAUCCAGUUCCCUGCGCCUCAUUCCCUGGUACUGUACAGUAGUACUUCAGUCCUCACCUCACUUCACUUCCUGGAGCUGACGACGCACGAAUUGCAUUCCUUUGGGAUGACUGCCGGCCGAUACGGUUCGGCAUUACCUUCGUACUUCCGCGCGCUUCCCGAUACCUUGAUAUUGUUGGGCAUCCUUCUGACUGUGCAAUAUUUGUGGCCGUUUGCUACUACUGCUGCGGGCUUGGUGGGGUGUGGUGGAGGCUGUGGGGUUAGGAAGAUACAGGUCCAGCCGAACAGCCCACGAGAACCGCUUUCUUGGCUUGCUUCUCAUUUUGGGGUAUCCGUAGUUCUCACGAUCUUCGAUCUGUAGCGCGAUCACGUACUUGAAGAAGGGCGAGCUGUGAGUGGUUCCUCAUCUGAGGUUUCACUUCAGUAUUAUGAUGAAGACAUAAUCAUUCGAUUCCUUCGGCCAGUAUCUAAACAUGUUUAGUGAGGGAAACAUAGUCAGUGCAAUGA